CAUGGGGCAGAUUUUGAAAAGGCAAGUGUGUGUGUUCCGUCCUGCAACCACUGGCUUUAGCAGCUGAGCUGGCAGAAGGCGCUGACGAGUGUGGCUGGACCAGGGCUCAGCUGCCCCAGCCAUGAGACAGCACACCUGGUUCCCCUUGCAGUACAUGCCCAAGCCCUUCUGGAGAGCAGAGAACCACAACACCACCAGCUUCUUCUCUGCACUGUACGGCUUCCCCAACCAGUCCUUCUUCCACAGUGACUUGAACCUGGAGGACCUGGGGGACUUUGACAGCGGAGCCAAGUACGAGGGCGAGUCCCAGAGCCGGACAGUGCAGGCGCUGCUGAUCGUCGCCUACUCUGUGAUCAUCUGCAUCUCCCUCUUUGGCAACAUCCUGGUGUGCCACGUGGUCAUCAAGAACAAGAGGAUGCACUCUGCCACCAACCUCUUCAUCGUCAACCUGGCUGUUGCUGACGUGAUGAUCACCACCCUGAACACCCCCUUCACACUGGUGAGGUUUGUGAGCAGCACCUGGGUGUUUGGAAAGCUGAUGUGUCACAUCAGCAGGUUUGUUCAGUACUGCUCUGUCCACGUGUCUGUGCUCACCCUCGCUGCCAUCGCACUGGACCGGCACCAGGUGAUCAUGCACCCUCUCAAGCCACGCAUGUCCAUGGUGAAAGGAGGGAUUUGCAUCAUCAUCAUCUGGGUCAUGGCCAGCUGCUUCUCACUGCCCCACGCCAUUUAUCAGACUCUGACAAGGUUUUAUAUUGGAAACAGAACCAUCCGAAUGGUCUGCCUCCCCAGCUUCCCUCCUCCUGCUGAUCUUUUCUGGAAGUACCUGGACCUGACUACGUUUGUUCUCUUGUACGUUCUGCCCUUGCUUGUGAUCUCCAUCACCUACACCAUAGUGGCCAAAAAGCUCUGGCUGAGGAACGCCAUCGGGGACCUCACCAUGGAGCAAUACUAUGCCCACCAGAGGAAGAAGAAGAUGACGCUGAAGAUGCUGAUGUUGGUGGUGGUUGUGUUUGCCGUGUGCUGGUUCCCCCUCAACUGCUACGUGGUGCUGCUCUCCUGCAGGGCCAUCCACAGCAGCAACGCUCUGUACUUUGCUUUCCACUGGUUCGCCAUGAGCAGCACCUGCUACAACCCCUUCAUCUACUGCUGGCUGAACGAGAGCUUCCGCGCGGAGCUGCGCUGCCUGCUGUGCGUGUGCCGCCCCCGGAGCUCGGCGCAGGGCCACGCUCUGCAGCCCCUCUCCCCCCUGUUCCGCCGGGCCAAGCCUGAGAACUGCCCCUGCAGGAGGAGCAGCACGUGCCAGAAGGCACAGGCUCCCCCACAGAGGAGCUCUGCAAGGACGGACAUAUCCAGCGUGCAGCCGAUCGUGGCGGAAAGCUGAACCUUUCAUCUGACAGCUGGGCAGCAUCACACAGGGAUUGCAAAAUCAUGGGGAAAUGGGUUGGGAAAGGGCUCUGGAGACCAUCAACUCAACCAACACCAUGCAAACUUCAGCCUUUGACUGGGUCAUUCAGGACGUUGCUCUCUCAGGUAUCACAAUUCUCUAGGGAUGAACUGCCCACUUGUGGGCUCCAGGAUGAGGGGUGCUGAGUGAAUUUUUCAUUGGAACAGUUCCAUCAGUCAGCAAAAAAUGAAAAGAAUUGUUUAACAGCACACAAAGCCUUUCAUGGGGAAGCUACCCUGGUUAUACACACACCAGCUACACACUGUGGCUUGAUGUAAAGCUGUUAGGGCUUUAACUUUGUGAAUUGACAUUUCUUUGGCAUAAAAUCUAAAUUAUUUUUGCUUUCAAUAGUAUUUUAUUUUUCACCAGUCCUCAAGAGCUGUGU